AUGGAGAAUAAGAAUUCCGCCAGCAAGGCGACCGGUGUGGAGACCUACGCUGUGGGCAAUGGCGAGGGCUAUCGCAAGUCUGGCGACGGGCUGGAGGGGAAUGGCAGCGGGAGUGUGGAGAUGACAGGCCAGAGAGCUGUUACGAAUGCUGGGGAGGUUGAUCCUGAGGUCUUGGAGCACGCCAUCCAGGCGUUGGAGAACAAGAAGACGGUGUGGUGGGCGUACUUGACUACCAAGGACUUCUGGUUGGUGUUGCUUAUUGGACAAGUACUUGCCCUCUGCAUCACGGCUACCAACACGUUCUCCUCUCUGCUCGUCAACAAGGGAACUUCAAUCCCAGCUUUCCAGACCCUCUUCAAUUACAUCGUGCUCUGCGCAAUCUACACAACCUACACCAUCUACCGCUACGGCAUGAAGAAAUACCUCAAGCUCCUCCUAGUCGACGGGUGGAAAUACAUCAUCCUGAGCUUCAUGGACGUAGAAGGAAACUACUUCACCGUCCUUGCCUACCGCUACACCAACAUCCUCUCCGCCCAACUCCUCAACUUCUGGUCCAUAAUAUGCGUCGUGAUUGUCUCCUUCACCCUCCUCCGCGUACGCUACAAAUGGGCGCAGAUAGCCGGGAUCCUGAUCUGCUGCGGCGGCAUGGGCAUGCUUCUAGCCUCCGACCACAUCACCGGCUCGAACGGAGGCAAUCCUCCCACUCAGCUGAAAGGCGACCUCUUCGGGCUCGCCGGCGCCACGUUCUACGGCCUCUCUAACGUCUUUGAGGAAUGGUUUGUCAGCAAGAGACCUAUGUAUGAGGUGCUCGGUAUGUUGGGCCUAUUUGGCAUAAUCAUCAACGGCAUCACGGCCGCGAUCUUCGACCGCGCGUCGUUCGCUUCUGCGACGUGGGAUGGGCAGGUAGGCGGGUAUAUUGUGGGGUAUACGCUCGCUUUGACUAUCUUCUACACCUUAGCCCCCAUCAUUCUUCGCAUGGCUUCUGCAGCGUUCUUCGAUAUCUCUCUCCUAACCGGCAAUUUCUGGGGGGUGAUUAUCGGGAUCAAGGUCUUUGGGUACACGAUUUAUUAUCUAUAUCCGAUUGCUUUUGUGUUGAUUAUUCUCGGUUUGAUUGUGUACUUCUUGGCGGGCUCCAUGUUGGGGGAUAGUAAGAAGCCUUGGUUGGGUGCGAAUCAGGAGGAGGGGGUGGCGGGAUUGGGGACCGCGAAGUUGAAGGCUAUUAAUGAGGCGAGGAGGGAGGGGCUGGUAGGUGAGGGAAUGGCUUAG